CCGCCUCCCUAUCGCGUCCAUCUCUCCUCUUUGUCGCCGUCGUCCACAAUGUCCGAGCCCAUCAAACGCGACAUUCGCAACCCCAUCCUCUUCGAGUGCGCCUGGGAGGUCGCCAACAAAGUCGGCGGAAUCUACACCGUCAUCAAGACGAAGGUCCCCGUCACCGUCUCAGAGUUCGGCGACAGGUAUUGCCUUAUCGGCCCUCUCAGCUACAAGACGGCACCCAUGGAAGUCGAGGCGGAGGAGCCCUCAGACCCCGAUCUAGCAGCGUCCCUGGACGCGAUGCGCGCUAAGGGUGUCAAAUGCUUGUAUGGGCGAUGGUUGAUUGAAGGCGCUCCGCAUGUCCUGCUAUUUGAUACCGGCAGUCAGUACUCACGGUUGGAUGAGUGGAAGGGCGACCUCUGGAAUCUCGCUGGUAUCCCUACCCCUCCAAACGACCACGAGACGAACGAGACAGUAGUUUUCGGGUACCUGGUUGCAUGGUUCCUCGGCGAGUACGUUGCUCGCCAACUUCAUACCGCGGUCAUCGCGCACUUCCACGAAUGGCAGGCUGGUCUCGCAAUCCCAUUGUGCCGGAAACGACACAUCGACGUGACGACUGUAUUCACAACCCACGCCACCCUCCUCGGACGGUAUCUGUGUGCUGGCUCCGUGGACUUCUACAACAACCUCCAGUACUUUGAUGUCGACCACGAAGCUGGCAAGCGCGGUAUCUACCACCGUUAUUGCAUAGAACGCUCCUCCGCCCACUGUGCCGAUGUUUUCACCACCGUCUCUCACAUCACCGCCUAUGAAUCCGAGCAUCUGCUCAAACGCAAACCUGACGGCGUCCUGCCGAACGGCCUGAACGUCGUCAAGUUCCAGGCUAUGCACGAGUUCCAAAAUCUACAUCAAACCGCAAAACAAAAGAUUCACGACUUCAUCCGCGGACAUUUCUACGGCCACUAUGACUUUGACCUCGAUAACACGCUCUACAUGUUCACCGCCGGUCGGUAUGAGUAUCGAAACAAGGGUGUCGAUAUGUUUAUUGAGUCAUUAGCACGUCUGAAUUAUCGCCUGCAAAAGGCGAACUCCAAGAUGACGGUUGUCGCAUUUAUCAUCAUGCCUGCAGCCACUUCCUCGUAUACAAUCGAAGCCUUGAAGGGUCAAGCCGUCACAAAGCAACUGCGUGAUACUGUCACGGAGAUCCAAAAUCGUAUCGGGAUGCGACUAUUCGAGCAUGCCAUGCGGUCCAACGGGGAACACGGUAUUAUGCCCACGCCAGACGACUUCCUUUCAGAAGAAGACAAAGUCCUCCUGAAACGCCGGAUCUUUGCACUCAAGCGCAACUCGCUCCCGCCGAUUACGACGCACAACAUGGUCGACGACGCCAAUGACCCUAUCCUGAACCAGAUCCGGCGAGUGCAGCUGUUCAAUCACUCGCACGACCGCGUGAAGAUCAUCUUCCACCCCGAUUUUCUGAAUUCGAAUAACCCCAUUCUGGGUCUCGACUAUGAGGAGUUCGUCCGUGGUUGCCAUUUGGGCGUGUUCCCGAGUUAUUAUGAGCCAUGGGGAUACACUCCUGCGGAAUGUACAGUCAUGGGUAUACCCUCGAUCACGACCAACCUCUCUGGUUUCGGCUGCUUCAUGCAAGACCUGAUCGAACGUCCCGAAGACGAGGGCUGCUACAUCAUCGACAGGCGCAUGCAGUCCGUCGAGGACUCCGUCAACUCGCUUACGACGUGCAUGUUCCAGUUCUGCAACAAGACGAAGCGCCAGCGGAUCAACCAGCGGAACCGCGUUGAGCGCCUGAGCCCGCUGCUCGACUGGAAGAACCUCGGCAUGGAGUACUCUAAGGCGCGCCAGCUUGCGCUGCGCCGCGCGUACCCCGACGCGUUCUACGGCAACGACGAGGAGGAGUUCGACUUCGGUGCGGGCAUUGACAGGAUGAUGCCGUCGGUGCCGCCGAGCCCGCGGUUCAGGAUGUCGGGUAUGGCGACACCUGGUGACAUUGGGACGUUGACCGAGGAGAUGGAGCGAUUGAAGACUAGUGAUUACCGAGGGUUCAACUGGCCUUCUCAACAAGAAGACGAGGAGGAAGGUUAUCCUUUCCCUCUCGUUAUGAAGGUCAGAUCUCGCGCCAGCUCUGUUGUGUCGGGCGCAAGCACUCCCGGCGGAGGUACUUUCAGGAGUCUCACGGAGAAUGACCUGCGCAAGGCGGAUGCGGCUUUGAGCAACGUUGGAGAUGCUCCUGUUAACGGCGUGAACGGGAAAUAGUGAAAUUGCUGACAUGGACGAGGAACAGCGAUCGCGAGGGCGAGGAGGUCGAACGGUUGAGGUGAUUGCUUGGAAGAUAUCCUACAUACCUUGGCAACCUGCAACAUACCGCGGCUAUGAUCAACAUGUAUGAUUUGAGUACUUGAAUCUACAAAUGAGUAUUCAUACCAUAAGUUCCGGGCCCGAUCCUAUUGGAUGUGCU